AUGGUCAAGAUUGCCAUCGUCUACUAUUCCAUGUACGGUCAUAUCAAGACUCUAGUCGAAGCCGAGAAGAGGGGCAUUGAAAAGGCGGGCGGCACCGGCGACGUGUUCCAAAUUCCCGAGACCCUCUCCGACGAGGUUCUCGCCAAGAUGUCCGCGCCUUCCAAGCCCGCUGACAUCACCGUGCUCGAGGACCCCUCACUGGCCGGCGUCUUCAUUUCCACCGCCUCACUCGGCGGCGGCCAGGAGUCGACCGCCCUCGCCGCCAUGUCCACCUUGGCCCACCACGGCAUCAUCUACGUGCCCUUCGGGUACGCCAAGGCGUUUGCCCAGCUGACCGACCUCAGCGAAGUCCACGGCGGCUCCCCGUGGGGCGCCGGCACUUUUGCCGGUCCCGACGGCUCGCGCCAGCCCACCGCCCGAGAGCUCGAGGUCGCAGAGAUCCAGGGCGCCGAGUUCUACAAAACCGCGCUCAAGCACUUCGGUUGA